AUUGUUCUGCGUAAUACACGCUACUAUGGAGCGCGGUAGGGAGCGUCCCUCCCGUUAUACAUGCGCUGGAUUAUAAAGCAUGCUAUACGGCUUAAUCCAAGGGAAAAGCGGAAGCCGGCCAGAUGCUUUUUACGCAAACAGUCGGCGUGGUCUUGCGUGUACAUACCGGAUCAGAACCAUCCUUACCGGGCGACCACUUCACAUACAAAUUGAGCGCCUCUUCAACUAUCAAGCAGUGCAAUUAUUUUGCAGCAUGUGGUUUCUAUGUACACUGCAGAGCGAAAGUACCAUCUGGAUUUAUUGGCGUUUUUGCCGUGAUCAGGAUGUGGAUCAAUCGCCGAUUUUCUGUGGAUUAUUUAAAAGCGGAAAGGUUUCUCGCCAUACUGUUUAUAAUCUGUCUGUCUUUUUCUUGUGUUUCGGUUAGCGGUUUUAUUCUUUACCAUUCUGCACCAAAAUAUAUGCAGUUAUUGUUGCCGGUAUACACAUAUGUAUAUCGAUUUAGUAGUUGUAUGAUGACGCUAAUAUAUCUCCACCGGAAAACAGUUUUCGCUGGUUUAAGCACGAUUUCCAGCGCAACGUGUUAUAUUGGACUGUUUACUUAACGCAAUUAUUAUGUCGCCAAGUGCUUAAUAAGUCGUUAACGCGACAGGAAUAACCUGAUGAUCGUCAGCACCGUGGGACUGCAUAAGUUAUCAAACCCAUCGAUUUGUGAUAAUUUGCGUGGUUACUCUUAUUCCAUGCUGCCUACGCCAUUGUUUCCCCGAUCUUUUGGGACAUGCCAUUUAAACCAUCGCACAUUUGCAUGAAAGCGUCACUUCCCCAGCCACACGAUGAACAUCACCAACGCCACGAUAAACAUCACCACCACACCGCUCUUCAUCACCUACCGGAUCGGUUUCGCCGUAUGGUUCUGGGUGAUGCUGUCACUCUGUAUUGUAGGAACCAUCCUUAACCUUUUGAUGAUCUACAUUAUCCUCAGUUCCGCUAAACUGCGCGUCGGUUCCGGUAUCCUCAUCGUGCACCUCCUGGCCGUCCUGACGUCAUUAUGCGCCGUACACAUGCUGCUGCUCAGCGUGUCCACGUACUUUUACGCGCCCUACCAGACGCUCAGUUCGAAUUUCUGCGUCUACUCCACGUGGCUGUAUUACGCUUGCCUGGAUUCGGUUAACUGGUCAUCGCUGCUAAUCGGGAUCAACCGGUUUGUGGCCAUCUUCUUCCCGACGAAAUACCCGCUGAUGAUUCGCAACAACGUCAUCGCGACGAUGAUCAUCUUGAGCUGGAUGAUUUGUUUUGCCUGUUGCAGCCAGAUUUUGGCCGGACAUGGUGGGUGGUACGGGUCAACGAAGCCCUGGGGAACGUGCGGUAUGGUUAACCCGAAUUCGGAUUUCGCUAUCAUUACCGCAUUUGCGGUAACGAUCCCGUUGACGAUUCUGGGGAUACUGUAUUUGGCUAUAUUCAUCGGCGUAGCGGUAAAAAAUUAUUUUGAUCGGAAAAAGAUUCUGGAUGGGGAACAUACGAAGACCAAGGAUGGGAAAGGGCAAGCACAUAAAUUAUUCGAGAGGCGGUACCACAGCGCAAAAGUCUUGUUUGUGUCGUAUCUAUGGUAUAUUGCCUGCCUACUGCCGGCGCCGAUUGCCCUGAGUGUGUAUCCGGCAUCUUAUUCCAGGAUUCCGCUUUUAUCGCCAAUUAUGCGGGCUGUGCUGCUUUGUGGAUACGCUACCAUUCCGUUGAUCUUUCUGAUGAUGAAUAUGGAAUAUCGAAGACGAUUAAGCAACAUGGCCAGACUACUGGGAAGACAGCUGGGCAUCCGGCCGGAAGUCACACACGAGCGAACUGCCGAGUUUGCCACCGUUGCACCUGGCGUUCAUAGCACUAUGCGGGCACACUCGGAGGAUUAAAUUGAAAGUGAUAGAUCAAUUUGCCGAUGCAAAUCAGGCAAUUUAGAGUGGAACUCGUAUUAACAUCAAGAAUUUGAUGUCGGCUGGGCUAAAAUUUCAAGACGUUAAAGUUUUUUUCGCUGGUACAGUAUAUUCACAAAUCACAAUCAGUUAUACUGAAUUACUGUACGAAUACUGAUACUUCUUUACACUGCGUACUUCGUAUACUGAUACUUCGUAUAAUUGUACGGACGUUAAAUUAGCGAUAGAGCAUAAACUAACUCAAAAUGUUACUGUGUAUUUGCCGGUGACAUCCUAGGCUUAAAGGAUUUCACUAUCCGAGCGUUAAGUUGCACGUUACA